AUGAGGGUAUGGAAAGAGGUCACCCUCGUCUUCAUCCUAUUUGGUGCCUCGUUUUUCCUCCUGCUUAUGAAAACCACAUCACCUGUUGGGUCUUCCUACCCAAAGGCCUUCUGGAUUUCAUCAGACCCUUCCUCAAAGCCACUGGCCACAGCACUUGAACCACCACCAUCAUCCUCAUCUUCACUCUCAUCAACCUCAGCGAGGAAGCCAGCGCCGCGCCGAGCGGUCAGAGCCACAGAGGACAUGGGCUCUUUUCUCUCAGAAUUCUCGUACCUCUUCCAAAGCUUCACCGAGGGCGAGCUGAAGAAGGUGAUCGCGACCCUGGUGGACCGAAAGGAGAGGAGGAUCAGAACCGAAACAGGACGGAGAACCAAACGAGCGCGGAAAGGCCCGAAGCCGUGCUCUCUACAUGAGAUUGAGCUCACGGUGAGCGAGCUCGGGCUCGGGUACGAGAGCGACGAGACGGUGCGCUUUCGGUACUGCAGCGGAAAGUGCAUCCACGAACGACGCAACUAUGACUUUGUAAUGGAGCACAUGCAGUUAAAUAACGGCUCCAGUGAGAAAGGCCGGCGAGGACGGGACAACGGGAAAAAAGACAAGGCGCGCUACGCCCCAUGUUGUCGCCCUACGAAGUUUGAGAAGAAAAUGUCUUUCUUUGACAACAAGGACAGAUUCUACACCAUCCAGAACGUCUCUGCGAGAGCGUGCGGUUGCGUAUGA